AUGUGGAGUAUUGAGGCAUGGGAGAAGCUACAACGCUAUUUUCCCGAUAAUAGUAAUGGUAGUCGGAUAAUGGUGACAACUAGGCUAUCAAACUUGUGGUCGCCAUCGGAUAACAGUUACGGCAUUGAAAUGAAACUUUUGGAUGAGGAAAUAAGCUGGAAUAUGUUUUGCGAAAUUGUGUUCGGGGGUAGAAUUAAUUGUCCUUUGGAAUUGGAGAAAAUUGGAAAGGAGAUUGUAAAGAGUUGCAGAGGACUUCCGUUAUCAAUUGUUGUGAUGGGAGGUAUUUUGGAAAAAGUUGAACGAACAAAUGAAUGUUGGAAAUCUGUUAGGAGAAGCUUAAAUUCACUGGUGAAUUCGGAGAAUGACAAGCAUUGCUUAAAAAUACUGAAAUUGAGCUAUAACCAUUUGCCAGUGUAUCUUAAGCCUUGCUUUCUAUAUAUGGGAAUGUUUAAGGAGGAUAGUAAAAUUCAUGUGUCGAAAGUCAUCAAGCUAUGGGUUUCUGAAGGAUUUUUAAAAUCAGUAAGUGGCAAGAGUUUGGAAACCAUAGGAAAAGAGUACUUAAGUGAACUAGUUGAUAGAAAUCUACUUCUUGUUCAUGAGUUUGGGAAAACUGGAAACGUGAAGUACUUGAAAAUACAUGAUUUGUUUAGAGAUCUUUGCUUGAGAGAAGGUCAAAAGGAGAGGUUUUAUCAUGUGGUAGGGAAACAUAGUACUCAAGGCACGUGUGUCGAAAAACGUGUAUUUGAUCCGAGAUGCACUUCAAUGGAGAAAGUCCUUCAUGCCAUGAAAUGGACAUUGAGAGCAUACGAUGAAGAAUUACAAAAUUUGGGGCAAAAUGGAUGUAGCUACUGGGAAUGGGAGACCCAUGAGUUGUUGGAAAAUCUUUGCUUGAGAGAAGAUGAAAAAGAGACAUUUUAUGAUGCAGUAGGGCAACAUUGUCGUCAAGGCACGUAUAGCCAACGCCAUGUAUUUACUACGGGAAGCACUUCAAAGGAGAAAUACUUUGAUGCCAUGGAAUGGACGUUGAGAGCGAGUGGUGAUAAUUUCUAUCGAAGAGAUAAGGAUUCCCAUAGAAAUGGGUUUAAGUUGGAUAAUUUGAGGCUUUUUGUUGUUUAUUCUAAAGGCCAAUUUAACCAACUUCCUUCUUCUAUCCAUCUCUUUUGGAGCCUACAAACAUUAAUUGUAGAUCAAUGUUUUAAAGAGGAUGUUGGUGCACCUGUUGAAAUUUGGAACAUGCCUCAACUUAGGCAUGUCCAUUUCAAUGGCUAUAGCUGGGGAGGAGAUAACAAAGGAGCAUUGUGCCUCCCAAAUCCUCCGAGUGACAGCAUUGUCAUUAUGGAGAAUCUACAAACGCUCAAAGGAGUAAAGAAUUUCAAGUGUGAUGCAAUGAUGGUUCGUAGAGUCCCCAAUAUCAAGAAAUUGGGACUCAUUUAUGACACGGAUGGAGUAAUCGAGUCUCUUGAUAACAUCGACCGUCUGCAAAAGCUGGAAUCUCUUAGCUGCACACUGAAUUUCUUUUUUCCUAGGGAGGGUUAUUUUUAUUUCCGUAAGCUUACCUUUCCACACUCUCUUAAGAAGCUAACUCUUGACAUGUAUGAUGGUACAAUGGAAGAGAUAUUUGAAAAGCUAAGUACACUACCCCUUCUUCAGAGGCUCAAGUUGUUCCGGGGAAGGUUUGGAACACACAAAUGGGAAACAGUUGAAGGCCAAUUCCAGAGUCUCAAAAUUUUGUCACUUGUUCGUUGUUCCGGUUUGGAAUGUUGGAUGAUGGAAAGAUCUCACUUUCCAAGUCUUGAGCACCUUCAUCUUCGCUCGACAGAUUUGAAUGAGAUCCCUGCAGAACUUGGUGAAGUUCCGACACUGAAAUCCGUGGCCUUGUUCCGACAUCUGCGGUGA